GACCUGCAAAAAAUAUGUUGAUAUUGUGAAAUUUGUGUCUUUUUCGAUGGAUGAGAAGCGAUAUAUAAAGCGCAAGGACAAAGCGCGCAAUGACGGCAAUCGUGAACAAUUGGCGCUCAGCUGCAACCAGCUGGGCGACUUCUACAAUCAACUUGGCAAAUACAACGAAGCUGCCAAGGAAUACAAACAGGAAGCAACAAUUUACGCGAGUUUGGGCAAGGAACUGGAAACGGCGAAGGCCAAGCGGAUGCUGGGUGAAAUGUUUACGUUGCUCUGUAAAUACGACACGGCCAAGGAUCACAUCAAUGACUAUCUAAAGAUUGCCAAAAGAUUGCAGAAUAAAGUGGAGCAACAGCGGGCGUAUGCCACUUUGGGACGUGUCCAUCUCCUGCACGGACAGAGCUUGUCCGAGACCACUGCCUCGGGUGCAAUAGAACAGUUGCGGCUGGCGGAAAAGAGUUUUCUACGCAGUCUUCUCCUCAUCAAAGAGCUAUCGGGUCAGAUUUCGAAACUGGAACAGUUGGAUAUGCAAGCGCGUUGUUACCUCAACAUUGGCGUGGUCAAAGAGCACAUGGGGGAAUUCGAGGCCUCCAUCGAGUACAUUGACAAAGCGAUCAAGAUCAGCAAAACACACGAUUUAUUUGAGUUGACGCAUUUGUGCCACAUUUCAAUGAGUCUGCUCUACAACUGCAAGAAGAACGAUGCAGCGUCUGCGUUGCGACACUGCAACAUGGCACAGGAAGUUGCCAAACGGUUACCCAAUAAGGUGAAAAAAAUCUGUGAGACGCUUAUUACGAAAUCGGAGAUUCUGAUAAAGGCUGGCGACUUUGCUAGUGUUAAGCAAAUACUGACUAAAGCUUACAAGAAGCACACACCAGAUGAGAAUGAUCGCGCCAGCAUUGAGCGCUCCUUGCGCAUUGUGGUCAAGAUUUGUCAAACUCUCGACGAAUUGGUGCUGACCAGCUCGGUGAACUAUUCGAAGCUGAAUGAUCUUUAUGAACAACUCGGCGAUGGCUGCUGUCAUCUGUUAAACUAUGAGAAGGCUCUCGUCUAUUACCAGAAGAUGCUGGAGUGCGCCGAGUUGAAUGGGGAGCGUGGCAAGAGUCUGGUGCCCAUCUAUGUGAGCCUCUAUCAGACCUACAAGGACAACCAUCAGUAUGACAAGGCACUGGAGUAUUUGUGGCUGGAAUUCGAGGUGAAUCAGGAUAUGCCCGCCGAGGCAUUCACGACACUCUGCAGCAUUGCCGAGAUUUGUGAGUUGCAAGCGCAACCCUUUUGGACCGUUCACGAUGUGUAUCAAAAAGCGCUGCGACAGGCAACCAAGGCGGAUGAGGAAUCAGCUGCAAAGUUGGAGAAGAUUGCGCUGGUGCGUUUGCACAAACUGCAGCUGAAGCAUAAAAUGCAUGUGCUAGCCGAGAACUUGGAGGCGGAAGCUAGCGCCAAGGGCAUUAAUCUAGUCGCCGAGGCAGCCAAACAGGAGGAAGAGGAUGAGGAUGCCGAUAGUGAGUCGGCAGCAGCAGCGCUGCAGCAAAACACGCCAGACUGGGCGGACGAUGUGGAUUUGGAUGCACUGACGGAUUCGGAUGCCAGCGAUCUGGAUGAGUCGGAGAAGCCACGGCCACAGCGAACCACUCGUGGCAAUCGAUCGCUGACCAUUAAGAGGAAUAACAAGGGCGAGACGCAGCUGCAUCAGGCAUGCAUCGCUGGCAAUCUGGAGCUGGCGCGUCGCCUCAUUGACCAGGGGCACACGGUGAAUGUCAGGGAUCAUGCCGGGUGGUUGCCACUGCACGAGGCGUGCAAUCAUGGCUAUCGAGAUAUUGUGGAACUGCUACUAGACAAGGGCGCCACGGUGGCCAUCAAUGACAAGGGUGGGACCAGCUGUGAUGGGAUUACACCCCUUUUCGAUGCGUGCGCCAAUGGUUUUCUGGAUGUGGCCGAGCUGCUCUUGGAGCGGGGUGCUCUGGCCACGGUGCGCACCGAUUACAAUGAGACCUGCAUCCAGGCAUUGGACAAGUGGCGGCAAUCCACGCAACUUAUGGACGGGGAGCAGGCUCAGUAUGCCCAGCUGCGGGAGACGCUGAUGCGUACUCUGUCUAAGGUAGGCAUUUGCAGCAAUGAACGCCCUCUGACCAAUGCCAAUGCUCAGUCUGCAUCCGAUGAGGAGGAUGCGGACGAUGAUUUACAGUUAGUAACGCGACACAGACGAUCCUUGCCUAAUCGCUUGCCAUCCAGUGCUAGCAAGGAAUACCGCCAUGUGAUGGCGCAGAUGAAGCGUCCAAAUCGCACAGGCGCAAUCAACGAUGAGCCGAGCAGCAGUUGCAGCAGCAGCGGGAUCAGCAGCAGCAACGUCAAGCAAAAGCGUACAGCGUUGCUGGACAGCAACGAGGUGGACACAGACAGCUGGCUAAUCGAUGAUGUGGGACCGGAGCGAAAGCGCAAGCGUUACAAUUCCGGCAGCAUUAGCAGUCGUCCAGUUGUCGCCGCCAAGGAGCAGCUGCAUGAUUCAGCUUUGGCCUGGGAAACCGAUUUGCAGAACACACCGCCCCAGUUGGAUGCGCAUCAGUUGCUCAUCGAGGCGGCCAAUUCGAAGCAUCCUCAGCGUCCGCAAAUGCGCAAGUUAUCCUUGUCGCGCUCCUCCAGCAUGGGCAGCAAUCAUAGCGCCAGCAACUCCAGCAAAGCCAAGCAGCAGGCAUCGCUGCUGGACAGCGGCUUCUGUCGCUUUCGCAGCGAGAGUCCCUUGGACAGCGGAGGUGAGUCGCUGGAUGGUGGCGUCGCAUCCUUGAUAAGUUUGCGACACACCGAACCAGAUUCCACAACCACGGGCAUCCAGCUGCUCAUCUCACCCUCGAAGCUGGCGUCGCCCAUCAAAGUGCAGGCAACGCCUGUGCUGGCCAUGGCCACCGUAUCCUUCAAGGUGAAGGUGCAGGAUGAACUCUUGCUGGUGCCCAUCGAUCGCAAGAAGCUGCAGGAUAUCAAUAUGCGGUGGCUGGCCGAGGAGGCAGGACGACGCUACAAUAAAUUAACUGGGCUGACACCACUGUUGCGUCUGAAGACUUCCGAUGGAUUUGCCUAUGAGGAGACGGAUGCUGUCAGCGUUGCCCUGGAACAGAACAUGUUGCUGUCCACCAUACUGGAUUGGAAAAUCUCCCCGCUCUCGCAACGCUACGAGGAGAUGUGCCAUCAAAUGCAGAAAAUUGUUGAUGAUAAGAUCAAACUGCUGCUGGAGCGUUCACAAAACACACAAACACUGAUGCUGAGUGGCCUCUGGCUGCGUGAGAUGCAAACGGAGCCAAUCUUCAAGGCAUUGCUGCAUCAGGCGCGUCUCACGCUGUUGGAUCUCUCCAACAACUUCAUUGGCAACGAGGGCUGUCAGCAGUUGGCCAAAGCGUUGCCGACGCUGCUGCAGCUGAAGACGCUUCGUUUGAGGUGCAAUGGCAUCUGUAAUCCGGGCCUGGAGGCAUUGCUCUGCGGUCAAGCCAUGGAGAAGCUGGAUAAUUUAGAGGAACUGCAACUCAGCCAAAAUCCGCUGGGCAAUGCCAGUCUGAGAACUUUGCAUAGAUUCUGUGGCAGUUCCGCUGGACGAGCGGUGCACACACUGCUGCUAUCGCAGUGUGAACUGACCGAGUUGCAGGACUUUGAUUUAGCCUACACGCAAUUGACCAGCUUUGACAUAAGCUUCAAUCAGCUAAGUCGCCAGAGUGUGCACAGAUUGACGGAUCAGUUGAACAGUUGUCGCUUGGAGCAACUGAAUCUCAGCUACGUGCGUUGGCCCCUCGACGAGCAGAGCGGCUUUGCGCUCGGCGAACGGUUGGUGACGCUGCUCGAGAGUGGUACCAGUGAGAGAUUUGUGCGCCUUGAGCUCGCCGGCUGUGGGCUGACAGAUGCCCAUAUGUACAAGAUGACGCAACAAUUGGCGAAAGCAAAGCAGCUGGAAUGGUUGGACAUAAGUGACAAUGAGCGAUUAACUGGCGCCGCUCUGGGCUAUGUGCUGGACGCGAUUCCCCAGCUGCGUGUUCUCCUGGCCACGAAUUGUGUGCGCCUACUGGAUGACCAGCGCCUCCAGAAACUGGAGCAACAGCAACAGUUGCCAAGGCGCAUGGAGUUGCACAUUGAUGAGCCGAAUGCUUUAGCCACGCUGAUUACCGUUUGGCAGCUAAAAUGGGGCGACAAGGCGAAGGUGUUGCCACCCAAGCGAAUUAAGGGUCCAUUGAAGCUCUACGUGAACGAAACUGAUUUGCAAUGGAGCGCCACCUAAACUUUAGGAUAUAAACUAUCUUGUUGUGUUUCAAGUGCCGUUUUUUGUUUGUUUUGUAUUACUUGACGUAGAAUAAAAUAACCGUAAUUCGCAGAGGGAUUGUUGACAAGUUGAUAACAUUCCUAGCUUAUCAGAAAGUA